CUUGGUUGGCUGCUGCCGUUGAGGAUGUGGACUGUGGGGUAGAAUAAGGAGGCUUUUUUCUCGCUUGUAUGGAUUGAUUGUGGGCUUCUUGAUUUAACUCGUGGCCCUUGAUCGUUGAUUUUGGAGCUGUUUGAUUGUCAUGAGAAAGUUGAGACUGGGUCGAGAAUUGAGAGUUAAGACUGUUAAGACUGUUGGGGGAGCUAGUUUUUCAGGUUCCCUUGUCCUUAGUGCAAGUUUCGGGGAGGUUGAGAGCAUUGCCGCAGCUCUCUCUUGGAGGUUGAAAGUACUAGUGGUUCAAUUGAGCGGUUCGAGGAAGAGAGAGUGGGGUAUGUGGUGUGAGGAUUGAGGACUAGGGUGGCUGCUUUUGUGUUAUCUAAAAGUAUACGGGAAGACACGCCGUAUGAUAUAUUCCAUUUGGUUAAAGAGCUUCUGCAGUAUCUGCGCUUUUUUGGCCUGUCCCAGAUCACUAGCAGGACAUUAUCUGUCUACUGCGAUAACAUUUACGUGCGAGACACUGCCGCGAUUCAACAAUGGAGUCCAGGCUAGGCAUGACAGAGGAAGGGACGGCGAUGCAAGCGUUAUUAGGGGCUGACAGCAAUGGGGACACACCAUGGCGGUUAAAUGUGGAUUCGUUUCGCUUGCCAGGACAUCAUCAUCCCGAGUCCUCAAAGACUGCUGCUGCCGAUUGUAUGCAAAAUGCAAAAUUUGUCAUGCAAAAUUUUAGUGGUGAAAAAGGCAUUGAUGAAUACUACAGGCAGCAACAAGAGAUGUUGGAGAGCUUCGUUGAAAUGGAUUCUAUUGCAGAACGAGGGUACACACCCACCACCACUGAAGAGGAGAGAGACACCAUAAAACGAGGAGAAAGAUUUGCCAUCCAGAUCUCAAAUAUUGCCAAUUUGGCCAUAUUUGCGGCAAAAGUAUAUGCCUGCCUGAAGAGUGGCUCCUUGGCUAUUAUUGCGUCCACCUUAGACUCUUUGCUAGACUUGCUUUCUGGUUUUAUUCUUUGGUUCACGGCAAUGUCAAUGCGCAAUCAGAACCCCUAUCUGUAUCCGAUCGGCAAGAAGCGGAUGCAACCGUUGGGUAUUCUAGUUUUUGCAUCAGUAAUGACAACACUGGGCCUUCAAAUCAUUAUGGAGUCCACCCGGACAUUGAUCUCACAGGAACACUCGCUUGCACUGAUUGAGUCCAGGAACUGGGUGGUUGGAAUUAUGGUCGGAACAGCAAUCGUGAAGUUCAUGCUGAUGGUAUAUUGUCGGCUUUUCAAUGAUGAAAUCAUAAGAGCUUAUGCGCAAGACCACUUUUUUGACGUUAUGACCAACAUGAUCGGGUUGACUGCUGCAGUCCUGGCCAGCAUAUUUUCCUGGUGGAUUGAUCCAGCAGGCGCCAUUGUACUUGCUCUUUACACAAUGCGGACAUGGUCGCUCACAGUUCUCGAAAAUGUGACGGCAUUGGUUAGUCGAUCAGCCUCCCCGGACUUUUUACGUAAGGUGACAUAUCUGUGCUGGAAUCAUCACAAGGAGAUACGUCAAAUUGACACCGUCCGUGCAUACACCUUUGGGUCACAUUACUUUGCAGAAGUCGAUAUUGUGCUGGCAGCAGACAUGCCUCUGCGCCAGGCACAUGAUAUUGGCGAAUCACUUCAAGACAAACUUGAGUCGCUACCGGAGAUUGAACGAGCUUUUGUUCACCUCGAUUACGAGGUUACUCAUCGACCGGAGCAUGCCUACAGAGAUAAGUGACGAUGCACUAGGCACACCAAUCCUGGCUUCGAGUCAGCCUUGCCAAGCAAACAACUCCACCCAACUGAUUGCCCCCCUCCCUCUGAAUGAUCUGAACUUCUUAGACUUCAUAACAAAAAGGACUAUCACUGUAAAUACCUGCUGCCCUCUCAAAACAAGAGAUAGGUCCCACAACACGCAGUUUUCAAACCAACUACCUUAAUAAAUGGUUGUGAAUCCAACACAAGCAAAGGAAAGGCAUACCAAAUGCCAUGAUCAAACGCAUCCGAGAAGUACCACAAGGGCUUCGAAAUCAGAUGGAAAACCUAGCGGCAGAAAACAAAUCAGGUUCGAUGUAACGACCAGCAUGUGAUUGAACAUGUCCACUUAAUACGAUUGAUGUAACCAAAUGCUCCAUAAACAGUCAAUAAACUUGGUUAGACGGA